AUGGUUAAAGUCACAGUUUGCGGAGCAGCCGGAGGUAUUGGGCAGCCAUUAUCUCUGAUGUUCAAAUUGAACCCAUAUGUUACCACUUUGGCACUUUACGAUGUCGUAAAUGUUCCAGGAGUCGGUAAGGAUCUAUCCCACAUUGACACAGACACUAAACUUGAGUCUUACUUGCCCGAGAACGACGGACUGGAGAAGGCCUUGACGGGUUCUGACUUGGUCAUCAUCCCAGCUGGUGUUCCAAGAAAGCCUGGUAUGACCAGAGACGAUUUGUUUGCCAUUAACGCUGGUAUCAUCAGAGACUUGGCUAAUGGAAUCGCUCAGUUUGCCCCAUCGGCUUUCGUUCUUGUCAUUUCUAACCCUGUCAACUCCACGGUUCCUAUUGUCGCAGAGAUUCUUAAGAAGAACAAUGUUUUCAACCCACAAAAAUUAUUCGGAGUCACUACGUUAGAUUGUGUUCGUGCCAACACCUUUGUCGCCGAGCUUUCAAAGGACAAGGAGGCAUCUGCUUUCGACACCCGUGUUCUCGGAGGUCACUCAGGAGAGACUAUUGUUCCUGUUUUUUCACAAUCUGCUCCAGAAGUUUACAAAGAAUUGUCAGAUGAGCAGAAAGCUGCAUUAGUCCACCGUGUUCAAUUUGGUGGUGACGAAGUUGUUAAAGCCAAAAACGGGGCUGGAUCUGCCACUCUUUCCAUGGCUUAUGCUGGCUACAAGUUGGGUCACGCAUUGUUGGCUGCUAUUAAUGACACUCCAAAUAUCAUUGAGUCUACCUUCGUUUAUUUGAAGGAUUCCAAGAUCAAGGGAGCUGCUGAGGCUUUCAAAUACAUCAACGAGAAGCUGAAGGAUUCUGAUUCUUCGGAUGUUGACUUCUUCGCUCUUCCUGUUGUUCUUUCUUCAAACGGUAUUGAGGAGAUCAAAUGGGAUAUCCUUGAAAAAGUGGAUGCUAAAGAGACUGAGCUGUUGAAGAUUGCCACUGGACAGUUAUCCAAGAACAUUGCUAAGGGAACUGCCUUCAUUGCUGGCAACUAA